CUGAGGACCGACCGACCGGAGGAGACACAGGAGCCUGAACCCCAGGAGCUGACACUCAGGUCCGCCCACCAUGCAGCAUUACGGAGUAAACGGAUAUUCGCUGCACGCAGUCAAUUCGCUGAGCGCCAUGUACAACCUGCACCAACAAGCCGCGCAGCACGCCCAGCACGCCCCGGAUUACCGCCCCUCGGUGCACGCCCUCACCCUGGCCGAGAGACUGGCUGACAUCAUCUUGGAAGCUCGCUAUGGAUCUCAGCAUCGCAAACAGCGAAGAAGUCGCACCGCGUUCACGGCUCAGCAGCUGGAGGCGCUGGAGAAGACGUUCCAGAAGACGCACUACCCAGAUGUGGUGAUGAGGGAACGGCUGGCGAUGUGCACUAACCUCCCGGAGGCCAGAGUACAGGUCUGGUUUAAGAACCGAAGAGCCAAGUUCCGCAAGAAGCAGCGGAGUCUCCAGAAAGAGCAGCUGCAGAAACAUAAAGACUCCGAGGUCAGCAACACUGACAGCAAGGCAGACCCCGCCCCCGCAGAGCCGACAACUCCCAGCCAAGACUCCACCAAACCACAUACUUCUCUGAGUGAGGCCGGCGUGGAUCUAAACCUAACCUUGUCAGAGCAAUCAGCCAGCGAAUCCGCAGCUGAAGACCAAACCGAUAAGGAGGAGGAGACCAAAAGUCCGCAAGAUGACACAAAGACGGAGAAACCUCUGAUCUCCGACUCCAAAACGCCAAACUACAAGAGAGCAAGUCCCAAAACAGAGUCUCCAGUCGGCUCCUCGAUGGCGGCCUCCUCCAGCAGCUGCCUCCCUCCAACUCACUCGUACUCCUCGUCUCCUCUCAGCCUCUUCCGCCUACAGGAACAGUUCCGCCAGCACAUGGCCGCCACCAAUAACUUGGUCCAUUACUCUUCCUUCGACAUGGCCAGUCCCCCCACCAUGCCCUACCUAGGGAUGAACGUCGGCAUGGCGCCGCUUAGCUCCCUGCACUGCCAGUCCUACUACCAGUCCCUGUCUCAUGCCCAGCAGGUCUGGUCCUCCCCCAUGCUGCAGACCUCUGGGGCUCUUCCCAACCUCAACAGCAAGACCACCAGUAUUGAGAACUUGAGGCUGAGAGCCAAGCAGCACGCCGCCUCACUGGGCCUGGACACCUUACCCAACUGAGUGCGGGUGACCGGCGGGCAUUAGCCCCCAUGGACUUGCGUGACGCCAUUCCACGUGUGGAGCCUGGCCCGAGGAGCCCCCCCCCCCCGGCACCAGAGGAGCCUCCGGACAUGUCGUUGGAGACGGUGUCAUUCUGUGAAUGUAUCGAUGUGUCGUGUCACCAUUGUCCAACCCCACCAUGCUACCUACGUGUUUCUUGUGACUGGACACAACCUGUAAUCUUAUCUAUUGUUAUUGUGAAAAUUUGCACUAAACCUCCGCGCUGCGCCGCGCCAUACAUCGAAUGUUCCUCCACUUAAAGUGACAUUCCACCGGCUUGGCAGGUCAUCAGCUGAACGUUGUCUUCCGCCAUUCGGGGGUGAACUCUGACCCUUUAAUCAUUCCCCUUAUUUUCUGGGAAGUGAAGCGGACAUCGGCACUCAGGUGUUCAGGGUUAAACGCUGAAGUACAGCGACUUACGGAGAGCCGGCUUCAUACUACAUGGAAAGGAUAUUCCCCGGUGUGCCGGUGAAAUAGGACGGAAAUGCCCUUGAAAUGUGAUGCAGCCAUGUCGCUGCGCGGAGUGUGAUAGCGUUGAGCGUGAAUUGGUCCCGGGUGACGGAUCCAGAAGUAAUGUACAGAGAAAUGCCCCGGGGUGGUGCAGAGGUUACGCUGUUUAUAAUGUCUUCCAAACCCUCAGCUUCCCUCGCCUGAUCGCUAAGAAAGAGCUUUAUAUAUAUAAAUGAGAGGCGAGCGGCCUUCCGCUAAAAACGCCAAACCCCUCAAUGAAAACCCCCUCCAACCCAGAUAAUUGUAGAGUGUCAGCUCCUCCGGCGUAGGGACUCCCCAUCCUUCCCA